UGAAACUUCCUCCUCCACCUUUCACUGACUUCUUUGAGCACUUAGGAUUCAGUCUUACCCCAGUUUGAUGCCAAACAAAAUGUUUCCAUCAGACCCAAAUAAAUUAAACUUGCUCUCAUUACUAAGCUUUGGACCAGUUUUCCUCUCUCCACACAACAUGCUCCGCAGCAAAGGAUCCUGCUCUCAAAAUAUCCAUAAGAAGAUAUAAGGAGAGAAAAGAAAGGGACUGGAAAAAAGAAAGCUUUGCAAAGACACCCUUGAGUCCAGUCCACCAUGGAUGUACGGGCAGGAAUUCUUCUCUACUGGCUUCACAUUAUUUGCACAGGCGUGUUUGCUGAUGUUUGGAAGGUGCAUGUAGAGUCUGAAAUGAAGGCUCUGGUCUCAUCUUGUGUCGUGUUGCCCUGUUCAUUCAAAUACCCUGUUCAAGAACAGCCCUCUGAUCGUAUUAGAGCUAUGUGGCACAUGAAGGACAACUGGGAUGAUAUUAUUUUUCACAAAGACCCUACGAGGGUUAAAGACAGUUUCAAGGGUCGUACAAAACUGAUUGGUUCACUGGGUGGUUCCAACUGUUCCUUGGAGAUUGAUGAGGUCAAAAACCAUGACAACGGCCCGUAUUGUUUUAGGGUGGAAUUAGAAACAUCUAAAAAAGACAAGUACUCCUUUGUGGAAAACUGUGUGUCGAUUAAAAUGUUCGAGCAAGCAUCAAAACCAGAGCUGCAGGCUGAGCAGUCUGUGCAGGAGGGUGAAACUGCAGUCUUCAAAUGCUCUGUCCGGCACACCUGUCCGUCCCACCAGCCCACUCUCACCUGGAGCCACACUGGAAAAGCCAUCAUGAACUACAAGGACAUUGGUCAUGGAAACUGGGAAACAGAGUCUGUCCUGACUUUCACCCCUCAAAAAGAGGAUGAUCACACCUCUAUCACAUGCACAGUCAAGCACCACGGGAAAGUCGAGGGCGAAAUGACAGCGACUCACCCUAUCUUUGUGAAAGAACAACCAACUCUCAGUCACAUCCUCAUUCCAGUCAUCUCUGGUCUUGGAGCUGCUCUUUUGGUUGGAUUAUUGUGUUUCUUCAUUGUCAAGAGAUACAAGAGGCGCAUUGCAGAUCUCGAAUCCAGAAAUGUCAAUGGAAUGUGGAGUCGACUAUCAAGAAUGUCUCGCAGGUUUCGUUCAGGUGAUGGCAGCAGUGGUCCUGGUGGCAGACAGCAGAGGAGAGGUCAAAGGACUCAAAUUGACAGGAAUUUUGACAACAAGGCAAACAACGUAUGUACAGUGUCAGGAAACAAGCCUUUCUCCAAAGCUCGAAUGCCAUCACCAAAGAGUGCGGCCAAAUCAUAUUCUGAUCCCAAUUACGAUGAUGAUUACACCAACACAGCAGACCUCAACUUAUAUGCAAAUUUCUGAUGAAAAUGCCACAUUUUAGUGUUACAUUUUAAACCUGACCAAUAAUGCCUACACAUGCAUAUAAUACAGUGUUUCUGUAUUUACAUAUUGCUAUGAUGCUUACAUUGCAAAGUUAUGAAAAAAAAAAAAUUAUACUUUUAACAUACUUUUUAAUAUGUAAGAAAAAUUCUAACUUUUAGCUGAAUUUAAGCUCAUCUCGUUCUGGAAUUUGUCCCAUUAUGGCAUAAUAUAGUGCAAGGAAAGUUCACCUUCCCUGCAGAAGAAGACCAACAGCUAACUUACUUCUAUAUUUUUGCCUCUUUACAUCCACCCACUGAACUGCACAUGUAGUAAGAGAAGAGGAAAGGCUAGAGAGAUGCAGACACAGGAUUACUCCAACAAAACCAUAGAGAGAUGCCUUUGUGGAAACGCUGUGUAGUGUUAGUUGUAAAAAAGCGUAUUUAGCCAAUCAUACCAGUGGGCAUUUACUUGAAUGUCUUGAAUGCACCACGCCUAUAAAAACAGACUGCCUUAUAGAGAGGGUCAAAAACAGGAUUGAACAUAGCCAAUUACGUCUAAAUUUUUUGUUUUUUCUUGCUAACAAAAUAAGAGCACCCUACC